AUGGAAAACAUAUCCUUCACUCCUGAGCCUGGACUCUGUUCAGGAAGUCUGUGUCCGUUUCAGUCGAACGAAUUCAAAAUGUUGGGGGGGCGUGUGGACCCGGGAACCAGCUUGGACGAUGAGAUGAAUGACCAGUUGGAGUCUUUCCUGAAAAGCUCCGUGCUUCCUACUGGCGCUAACCAAACCCUCUCAUGGUCCGUGAUCAUGAGCAUCUUACAGGAAACCAACCAGAAGAGUUAUCUCGGUACUACAGCUAAGGUGUCUCUCAUCAUCGUGUACACACUUCUCAUAACUGUCGGGAUCCUCGGCAAUCUCAUUGUGGCCUUCGUUAUUGGUCACCGUCCAGAGCUCCGAACAGCAAGGAACGUUUACAUCGUCAACCUUACUGUGUCCGACGUCAGCAUGUGUCUGGUGUGUAUGCCAUUCACGUUAGUGAACCUGUUGCAUAAAAAGUGGAGCCUUGGCAACUUCAUUUGCAAGUUGGUGCCUGUCUUGCAAUGCACGAACAUAUUGGUAUCAACGGCAACGAUUGUGGCCAUUGCGGCAGACCGUUAUCUGACUAUUGUGUGUGUGCAGCGAAACAGGGAUGCGCGAGCGUAUGUACCGUGGUCAGUGGCAGCGAUCUGGGUGGUAUCUUUGCUAUUUCCGCUGCCACUUUUCGCUUACUACUUUGUGGACCGUGUGGAGAUUAAAGACUACAUUCUGAUCGAGAGGUGUGUGGAGUCGUGGUCAUCACCAAUAGUCAAGUAUGCAUGGAACAUGACCCUCAUCAUCAUGCAAUAUAUCAUCCCCAUUGUGGUGCUGAGCUUCGUACAUGGACGCAUCCAGAAAUACCUGAGCACCCAUCAGAUGUCGCAGCGGGAUGCCCGGCGAGCCCAGCGUGAAAUUGAGCGCAACAGAAGGACCACUGUCCUACUUACAUCUAUUGCUGUCACCUUCGCCAUCUGCUGGUUACCGUGGCACGUCGUCAACCUGCUCGCUGACUUCAACUAUCCAGGUUUUAGUGAACCAGAGUAUUUCUACAUGGUCUUUGGCUCCUGUCAUGCCGUCGCCAUGAGUUCCGCCUGCAUCAACCCUGUACUGUAUGGCUGGCUCAACACAAACCUCAGACAGGAGCUCACGCAGGUUAUACCAAAGCUACUGCGAAAGGUGACAACUAUGGGCAGGCACAAGUCCAGAAGUCCCCGCAGUCGAUUUGGCGUCAUUGAAAAUGCAUUGCAUGCAUGGGAACGACUUCGCAGCGAUGAAGGGCGAACAGAAGUGAUGGAACUAGUAGCAUCGGUGCCACGACGUUUGACCGCUGAAGAGAAUAUGUUUUUGAAAUUAUAA